AUGUACCUCGCCAUUAGAAAGGAAGAGAAGCUACAGGGCGAUAAGGUUGUCAAAAUCAAGAUUAAACCUUCGGCCAAGGAGGAUAAUGACAGCAUUCGUCAAUCACAAGAUGAAAUGAAUUUUUUUCGCACUCUGCGCAUGGAAAUUAAAAAGAUUGCCGACUUUUUCAUCAAAGAGCAGGCUAAGCAUAUGAAUCAAGUCGCUGCUAUUGACUCGAGUAUCCAGCAAGUGAAGACAAACCCCGAGUCGACCGGAGCCAAAACUGCGCUUAUGAAGAGCUGCGUCGAACAAUAUAAGGAUUUGCUCUUACUUGAAAACUUUGCUGUGAUGAACUUUUGUGGUAUUUCCAAGAUACUUAAAAAACAUGACAAAUGGACAGGAUAUGCUACGCGGAACAAAUUCAUGCACACGAUCUUGAUGAAGCAGCCAUUUGCGACUUACGAACCUUUACUUCAAAUGAUAGACCGUCUGGAGCAUAUAUUUAUGCAAACAACUGGCUCUAGCAUCGAACAGCAUGAUGCACAAAAGUUGUAUACGUCAAGUAUCGGUAGCUCGUCUUCUUUACCGCUAGAAAAACCACUUGGAGGCCUUGAACUUUCAACUUGUCCAGCUGUUGGUCAUAGUGCAUCCCAAAGCCGUUUACCUAAUGAGAUAUCACCAGGGAGUAGUAGAGAUCGCGAAGAUCAAUGCAGAUAUAGAGGCGCUGUAGAGUUAUCUUCUCCAAGAUCCGAAGACGCUGUAACACUAGUACGAGUAAAUGCGCUUCGGGAUGAUGUACGGGAGCUCAAAAAGAUUGAAAGUGCUUAUGAUGGCGAUGGAGAAUACGAGGAUAACUUGGAUGACGCCGGUUUUCCAGAUGAUGACACUGAUGUACCGUCACCACGUUUUGGUGGACGUUUGCAAGAACAAAAUAGCAUCAUGCCUACAGUCCCCUUACACGUGGCUCCUACCGGCACUCAAUCCGAUAGUGAUGCUGCAGCGAUUGCUAUGUUGUCAAUGAAAGAAAGUACUGACGUGCACUCAUCUGGGUUGAGCGACGGGGGUGAAAGUGCAACGGAUGCCCGUCGUGCGCGAAGAUCGAAGCGCAAAGCGUGUGCUCCGCUACAUAUGGAGGGCAAGCGCAAGAUGAGUGUCACUGCAAUUCUCAAUUAG